AUGGCGACGCGAUUUAAGAAGAACAGGAAAAAGAGAGGACAUGUGUCCGCCGGUCAUGGUCGUAUUGGCAAGCACAGAAAGCACCCCGGUGGAAGAGGAAAGGCUGGUGGUAUGCACCACAUGAGAAUCAACUUUGACAAAUAUCACCCGGGUUACUUUGGAAAGGUCGGAAUGAGACACUUCAACCUCCUCAAAAACCGCAAGUUCUGUCCCACCAUAAACGUGGACAAGCUGUGGGGACUCCUACCAGAAGAAAAGAAAAAAGAAUUUUUCGAAAAUAAAAACAUUGCCCCAGUGAUAGACGUGACCAGAAAGGGCUUCUUCAAGGUCCUCGGUAAUGGAAAGCUCAAGCACAACCAGCCCAUUGUCGUCAAGGCCAGGUACUUCUCUUCAGUGGCCGAGAAAAAAAUUAAGGCAGUUGGGGGCCAAUGCAUACUGGUGGCUUAA